UCUUUUGCCAACAUUUCCACCAUGCACAGUUGAUAUUGGCGUUCACUUCGUUUUGCCACAUCACUGCUCAAACUGUACUCUUAAGAGAAGGAUGUGUGUUUCUAUCAUAGCAUUGGACUCAAAGACCACCAUGACGACCAGGCAGUGAUCAAGAGUUUGUUCUCACCAGUAAGCAAACGUCUAUCUUUGGAGAAACAUCAUAGCUUGAGAAGGUCCUCGGACGAGUGAUACCGCUGGAUACUUGUGACUGUCGCUAUGCUAUUGAGCUUAUCGGUGGUCAGCAUCUUUCGCGACAUAGUGUUCGUCUAACUUGUCUCUAGCACUCAUGGCCAAGCCGGAUCUCGAACCUGGCAGGUUGUCAUCUACGACCAAUGAGAAGCUUGAGGAGUCACAGCUCAGACGAAUUUCAGGCCACAGUGACGGUAUCACAGACCUCGCCUACUCGCCUGACGGCAGGUUCCUCGCCAGCGGCUCGAAAGAUCAAAGUGUCCGUAUCUGGGACGCCGCCUCAGGCCAACAGCUGGGCGAGACUAUGAAAGGCCACACCAGGGAGGUCACCUCUAUCUGUUACUCGUCUGAUGGUCGGUUCCUCGUAUCUGACGCUGGCGACGGCUUUAUACGUAACUGGGACAUGCAGAAUAGGAACAGGCUUGUGGGGCAGCCUGUUGAGGCGCACGUUGGCUACGUGGAGUCGGUCGCGUACUCGCCCAAUGGAGCACUCAUCGCGAGCGGAGGUGCAGACCGCAAGCUUAGGUUAUGGGACGCGCAUACAUUCAAGCUUCUUGCCCAAAGCGAAGCUUACACUACGAGGAUCUUCUCAGUCUCGUGGGCCCCUAAUGGCAAGCGAAUCUCAGCUGGCUUGAUUGACUCAAAGAUAUGCACCUUCAACGCCGAAAGUCUCGCGCCGGCAAUGAAGCCUUUCGAAGGACACAAGGGCUGGGUCAAGACUGUCGCGUACUCACCAGACGGCGCCUUCCUUGCUAGCGGAGGUGACGACUGCACCGUACGCAUCUGGGAUGCAGAAACAGCAGCAUCCGCAAAGAGCCCCUUUAGAGGGCGCAAAGAAGGAGUCGAUUGUGUUGCAUGGUCUCCAGAUGGCACACGGCUAGUCAGUGGCUCGCGCGACGGAAUCGUGCGCGUCUGCGAUGUUUACACAGGUCAAAGUCUUUUCGGGGGCCCGUUCAGUGCACAUCGAGGACCUGUCUUAGCUGUUGCCUUUUCGCCUGAUGGCAAGCACUUUGCAUCCGCAGAUUCAGAUUCUAGGCCGCGCAUUCAGAUAUGGGAUGCACAGACAGGAAACACAAUGAUGCCUGUGCUCUCAGGAGGGGGCGAUUCUGCACUUCGUCAACAGAUAAAAAGCGCGAGUCCCAUUGCCAGCACAUCGGCGCCAGGACGUAUGUGCGCUGAAGCUUCCGUCAUGGCUGUUCAAUGGUUUCCGGAUGGACGACGAUUUGCAAGCGCCGGUCUAGAACCCGCCGUGCGGCUCUGGGAUGCGGUAACAGGGCUUCAGGUUGGCGAACUUGUAGGCAACCAGAGCUCCAUCAAUGCCGUAUCUAUUUCUGCAGACGGUACAAAGCUUGCAUGCGCAUCCGAUGACAAUCUUCUCCGCGUCUUCAACACUGAAUCCAAAGAGCUACUAUUGAAGCCCCUUGCUGGUCACGUCGGAGCCGUCCUAGAUGUGAAGUUCUCCCCCGAUGGCUCGUGUCUCGUUAGUGGUGGCGCGGACGGAACGGUUCGUCUCUGGGACACGGUUACCGGCGAGAUGCAGCAUGUCACCACAGCCCAUACGACACCGGUACGCUCACUCUGCCUAACAAGCGAUGGGAAGAAGCUUGCAAGUGGCGGAGACGACCAUGCAGUUCGCAUUUGGGAUAUGCAGACGCAUAUGCAGCUCGCGGGUGACCUUCAUCACGGAGCCUGCGUUCGCGCCUUAUGCUUCUCGCCAGAUGGUUCUCGGCUUCUAUCCGGUCUGGAAAACUGCACCGCAAUUAUAUGGGACAUCGACACCGGUCAAAUCGCGUUCAGCGAACUCAGGGCGCACACAGACUGCGUGGUAGCAGUAGAUUGGUCGAGCGAUGGCUCGAAGGUGCUCACCGCCUCCGACGACUGGACGAUAUGGGUUUGGGAUGCUACUUCGGGACGGCGUAUCCUUGGUCCGCUAGAGGGAGUUCAUGAGGCUGGCAUCCGAGCUGCUUUGUUCUCACCUGAUAGCAAACUUUUUCUCAGCGGCUCAUUGGAUCACACACUUUUUAUGAGGGACGCUAACACAGGUACUGUCCUUCUCCGGCCAGAAACCCCACGGGACCUGCUUAUGCGACGGAGAGGCCCAAACACUCAGGUUGCACCUCCAAACAUUGGCGAUAAUACGCUCGAUUCCAAAGUAAUAGGGAUCUUUGACGAUCGUGACCCUUCACGGCGGAAGCAAGAGCCACAAGCUCAAGUCGAACAUCCCACAGGUACUUCUACAAACCCCCGACCUCCAGAUCCGAAGGACUUUUGGGACGGCUUGCAUGAUGAUACUGUUGUCCCCAUGAAGCCGCGGCGUCAGGUCACUGCCAACAAAAGUAGUGAUAUCAAACAUCGCGAUGAGACCAGGCGCCCACCUAGACGCAGCAGCCUCAGGCUGCUCUGGCCGCAGGAGAACGCCAGACCUAAACCGAAGCAAAAGGGCAAGAAUAAGCAGCCAGACGCUGCCAACGACAAUGUCGGAACACAUGCGAUGCGUCGCAUACGUCGACCAUUUGCGACUGUGGUGUCUUCUGCGAAAGACAAGAAGCGUGUGCUCGCAGGAGCGGACCCGUCCGCUGCUGCUGCCGCCGUUGCCAACACCCGCACGACGACAGAGGAAGACUCGGAUAGCGAACCAGAGCAUGCAGAGGUGCCAGUGGAUGAUCUUCCUGAGGGAAGGGUCUCUGGUGCGAUGGCUGAUGACGACGAAGAGAGCGACAACGGACUGCUGGACACAAUACGUUACUGUCUAUGUUUCCCGCGUUGUUAAGUCAGUGGCACUAGUCGGCUGCUCGUGCAUAAUGAAUAUACUAAAUAUUAUCUU